UUUGAUGAUAAGGAUGGACACUAUAUAAUUAACCCAAAUGAAUCUCUAACAGUACGAUACAAGAUGAUGCGAUUACUAGGACAGGGAACCUUUGGAAAGGUCAUCGAGUGCUACGACCGGGUUAGAAGAGAACAUUGUGCAAUCAAAAUCAUUCGUGCAAUUCCAAAAUAUAGAGAAGCCAGUAAGGUUGAGAUUAGAGUCCUCAAUACACUCAAAGCCAAGGACCCCUUUAACUCAAACCAGUGCAUCCAUUUAAUUGAUUGGUUUGAUUACAAUAAUCAUAUUUGCAUGGUGUUUGAGCUACUAGGACAGUCUAUUUUUGAUUUUUUGAAAUCUAAUGAAUUCAGACCAUUCCCACCCCAUCAGAUCCAACACUUUGCAAAACAGCUUUUAAAUAGUGUAGCCUUCAUUCACAACCUCAAACUCAUUCACACUGAUCUCAAGCCUGAAAAUAUUUUACUUGUGAAUAAUUCCAGUAGUCUAACCUUAUGCAAUGGACAUCGCGAUCCUAACACAAAAUCACGCAUAUUACAAGAUACGUCCAUUAGGCUGAUAGACUUUGGAUCAGCCACAUUUGAACAAGACUACCAUUCUUCUGUUGUAUCAACGCGGCAUUAUCGAGCACCAGAGAUUAUAUUGGGUAUGGGCUGGUCCUAUCCAUGUGAUAUUUGGUCAGUUGGGUGCAUUCUUGUUGAGUUCUUUACCGGGGACGCACUCUUCCAAACGCAUGAAAACCUGGAACAUCUGGCGAUGAUGGAGGCAGUUCUCGGAAAGGUACCAUUAAGGAUAUCAAGAAAUGCAAGGGAGCCACAAAAAUACUUUGAUAACGGAAAACUGCGAUAUCCUACAAAUGAAACUUCAAGGCAAAGUCAGAAAUACGUUCGUGCUCUACGACCAUUGAGGGAGAUCAUUGUCCCUUCAACAACUCUUACGCGGAACUUCUUGGACUUGGUUUCGAAAAUGCUGGCCUAUGAUCCGAACGAAAGAAUCACAGCAAGUGAAGCCCUCAAACACCCCUUUUUCCAACUAGAUUUUGAUCAAUAUUCCCGAGAGUUAAAAGGAGGAUAGUAAGCUUCUAUAAUGAUGAUAUUUUGUUUUAUUCACAGCCAUACUCAUUUCUUUAUAUUAUUCCUUGUUUGUUUGCUUUCUUUUUCUACUUGUUUAUCUUCUCCUUCUUAAUUUCCUCCUCCUUCACCUUAUUAUACUUCUUAUAUUUUUACUUUUACUUCGUUUUAUUUUACUUUGAUUUCCAUCUUUUUUCAUUUUCAUUUUCAUUUUCGUUCUCAUUUUCAUUUUCAUUUUCAUUUUUCUUUCUCUUAUUCUCGUUCUUGCUCUCAUUCUCAUUUCUUUUAAUUACCUUGCGUUCAAAAAAAAAGUAUGCUUUUGAACCUUCUUCUCUUCCCUUACUGUCCCUUUCGAUAAUAGCCAACUUCUUGAGUAAAUGUUUCAUAGUAUUUCAAUAAUCUUAUCUCCUUCCACUCCCUUUUUCUUCUUCUUAUAUUCUUCCCUCUGUUUGAAUUCUAAGCUCAAAAAGCUGUAUGUUAUCCCUCUGACCAGGCAUUUUAUAAAUUCAUCCAAAAUUCAAAUUUAUUUAUUUCUAUUAUU